AGGGCUCCUCAAGUUAAUACUAUGUGCGCCGUUGGUAUAUCUCAGUCAGAGUGUUUAAACUUGUCUCCACCAAAUACUUCUGCCAAACCUUUGCUAGAAACUCCGAGCCUUAGUCAUGGAGAGCCAAACCAGAGAGCUCCUUUUGAGCUUCAACACUCAACCCCCAAUUGGCCAACGAUGGGCUAUCAAUUUUGAGGGGGUAGUAACAGAGAUCCCGAAAGUAGUCUUAGUAGAAAUCCGAGCAAAUCCAACGAGAGUUAUGGGAUGGUUCAACAUGAACUUAAGGAAAGCGUGGAAGUUCAUUUUUUUUCUGACCAAAGUGAGUGCAAAGGAAGGGUGGCUGCCGUUGACAUAUCCAGCAUGGGGAGAAGCAAAGAAUCCAUGGUGGAAAUUCCUAGCAGAUGUACCAACUCCAAUGGAGGAUCACACUCUGGUGUGGGAAACACUACCACAAGUAUCGCCAAUUCUCUUACUUUGCAAUGUGAACCCGAAAGAGUGUCUCUCGAAACGAAGAUUGCUAAAGAGACAACUGAUAUGCACCAUCAUCACAAGAAGCAGGCCCAUCACGAAACUGAUUUAAGUCUUCCAACCCACGAUGAUUUUCAAUAUUCAUGUAUUGUUGAAGGAGCUAGAGAUGGGAGUGCUUCAACACAUUCUGAUGAUGUCACCCGAGGAAGGACAAACGAUGGAGGUGCUCAAGAGGACCGAAUGGAAUUUGAUGAAGGAGGCGAAGUUGAUACCUCCUAUUAAUGAGUGCCCCACCCCUGAUUUAUUUUUUCUGACGAAUGUCAGUGUGUGGAAUUGUAGGGGGUCACUGAAGCACUCAUUUCAGAAUCAUGUGAAGGAGUUGGUGCAGAAUCACAAUCCUACAGUUGUGAUGGAGAUGCGGAUUGGGGGUGAGAGAGAAAGGGAGAUAACUAAUAGGCUGCCUUUUGAUGGAGCAAUACACACAAACACCAUUGGUUAUGCUGGUAGGCUUUGGGUACUUUGGGAUUCAAAUAGGGUGGCCCUAUCACCUCUGGCCAAAACGGAGCAGGAGGUCCAUCUUGAAGUGAAGGUUGCUGGUUACCCGCAUCCCUCGGAUCCUGUUCAAGCAUUGCUAUCACCAAGUGAAUAGGUGUGCGGAUAGUCUUGCAAGGAUAAGCUGCUGCUUAGAAGCAGACUUUAGCUUUCUUAGUAGUCCACAUGUGGACAUUUUAAGUGUGUUUAAGGAUGAUUGUAAUAGGGUGU